AUGGACCCUAGAAUUACCCCGGACCCAAAUCUAUGUCUGGCUACUGAUGAACGCGCCAUUGAUGACUGGGAAUCCGAAACAACGUCUAUUGGGCCAGAUAUCUAUAAAGGCGUAAUAGAAAAUGGCCGGAGAUACCAAACUCUCCGUGCAAGCGGCGUCCAUGUUCCUGCCGAUGAAAAGAUGUUUGAUGCUUAUGAAUCAAGUCACUUGCUCUUCAUAACGUUAGAUUCCCAGCUAAAGAACCCCUUUUUUCAUGCACCCGUCAAUAGCGCAAAGAAUAUCCUUGACAUUGGAACUGGCAAAGGCUCUUGGGCUAUCGAUGUUGCCGAUCUGUCAAUAUUUAGAGAUACUACGGUCCGUGGUGUGGACCUUUUUCCACCUCCACAGACUUGGAUACCUCCCAACUGCAUUCUGGAGGUCGACGACAUCCUUCAAGACUGGACCUGGCGCGAACCCUUUGAUUUAAUCCAUCUCCGACUACUCGACUGUGCGUUUACUCCUGAAGAAACUGACCGCGUAUAUAAGCAAUGCUACGAUCACUCAGCACCAGGCGGCUGGAUUGAGCAACUAGAAAUGUCUGCCGUCAUAGAAUGCGAUGACAACAGCAUGGCCGAGGAUAGUGUUCUCCGAACCUGGGGCCAAAAUCUCACUAGGGCUGCUGAAAAAGCUGGCCGAAGAUAUGGAACCAUGUACACGAUGCAGGAAUCAAUUGAGAAGGCCGGAUUUACAGAUGUCAAGGUCAAGGAUUAUAAACUGCCAAUCGGUCCCUGGCCACGAGAUAAACUGCUCAAAGAAGCCGGUGCGAUCAAUUUCCAUCAUUGGAUGGAAGGGAUGGAAGGGUAUUGUAUGUGGUUGUUGACAAGAAAUACGGAAGGAACUAGUGAACCCACGGAAUCACUGCUAUCACAGGGCGAGGAGGAUCUGGGCGAGGAGACCGCAGGAUUCGCCUGA